UUCAUAUGCAGCCAUUUGUCAGCCGAUUCGCAUCCACGGAAUCGUUACCCCUUUACCACGAGAAAUUAUAGAUGAGGACAAUGCUCGAGGGCAAAGGGGAGACACGACAAAGGAGGCUCAAUGUUUACAUACCGAAAAGUGGCUGUUGUUUUCAUGAAACUGUCCAAGUGUCUUUUAUCUGCUUGUAAGCAAUUGAAUUUGACAAAGCUGUUGAGAAACUGGUACUCAACUGAAAAAACGCGCGUGUGUGUGAAGUGUCAAAAUGGAUUCCUGGGAGAGUCUUGUUUUACAGUGGAUCAACUGUCUGUGGGAGACAAAUGGGGACCGCAUCGCCACUCUGGACCAGUUGGAGGAUGGAGUGGUCUAUCACAAGUUGAUUAGCCAAGUUAAGCCCUGGAGUUCCACGGAAUAUCAUGGCAGUGAGAAAGAAAUGGUUCUCCAGUUUUUACACGACGAGUACCCAAAGUUUUCACUGAAAAACAAAAACGAGAGACUCAGAAAGCUGUCGAUCGCAUCACUGGUACUGUCGCGGUUGUCGUUGGAGCCGAUUUUUCACAAAUCCCUCUGUGCCAAUUUAAGUGCUGACAUGCAGAUAAAAGUAAAGUUAGUGCUCGAAUCGGUGUACCCUUUGGGCAAGCAGGUGACAGAGGAGGAUUUUUUCAAGAUCUUCUCGCUGCAAAAAAAGCCAGACUUUGAGUCGCCAGCACUGAAGCCUAGAUUUUUGCUGGAGGAGUUUUUGAAAUCCCCCAUAAUGCGGACAGUCCACAGCGACAGUAAAAUUCAUGAACAAUCCAGGCAGUUAAGAAGAUUGAGAGCCGAGAUUGAGACCAUGUCCUAUGAGAAGUCAGAACUUGUGGAAGAUAUAAAAGCUCAAGAAAAACAGAUUAAAGAGUUGCAAAAGAAAUUGCAUGGCACCUUGAUUGAGUUGAAAGCGUUGCGUCAAGUUGAUCAUAAGGCUAAAGAAGCAGAUUUUUUCAGCAAAACUGGCAAUGGCACAUCCACAGAACUAACUUACAAGAGGGAAGUUCAGAGUUUGGAGAGCUACGUGUCUGAAUUGCAAAAUGAAAAUGUCCAGCUGCAGGAUGAAAAAAGUCACUUGGCCGACAAAGUCAAGAUUUACAAAGAAAAAUACAGUGCAAUGAAGAACGAAAAUCAUAGCAACAGAGAAGCCAUUGAAUCCAUGUUGCUUCAGUUAGAGAAAAAAGAAGAAGAGCUGGCCGAAUUGAAACUCAGGCAUGAAGAGUUGUGCAAUCAUUUGAAGGAAAAGUCAAAGGUAUUUUUAAAUAAUGUAAGCUGCGAGUACGAUGACAGAAGUAUGAAUGAGUCGUCUUUUAAUAAGUCUCUGAAUAAAAGUGAAACACUAAGCUCUGUAGUUGAUAUACAGCUGCAAGAGACUCGGAGGGACUUGAUAGCUAUGCAAAAUAACUUUAAGUAUAUAAAUUCAAUUCUUACCGUGCUCAUCGAAGAGUACAAUAAAUUGAAAAAACAAGCUAAAGUCUUGGCGAAUCAAAACUCUGAAGAUGAAGAAAGUCUCGACUCUUUUCAUGUAAGUAAAGACGUAAAAUCAUCUCUUGCAAAUGUCUUCAGAGAAGACUCAAAGAGAAUUAUUUUCUUCGAUCUUCUCAAUGGCUCUGUUACUCCUGUGGUAAAAUUAAAUAAUCUCACGAGCAUGAAAAGUAAGAAAAAAUACGCCAUGGAUUUACUCGAUUAUAAAGAAAAACUAAAAGUGACAUUUAAGUAUGGAGAAAAUCAUGUUGACAAAUUUACGUGUACUUUUUACGACGCUUUUUGGCAAAAGUACUGGAAUGGAAAUUUGUUUGUUCUCUUAAAAGUUAUACUUCAAGAAAUAACAAAGCUAAAGUUAGAAUCUGGCAAAGAAAAUGAUUUGGAUACGUCUCUGAUUAGUGUGACACAGUACAAAGGUUUUUCAUGUAAUGAAAUUUAUUCUGAAUUGUUAAACCUCGUAAAAAACAAUUGUAGCGUGAAGUUUAACGUCCCAAAGCCAAAAAAAUUAUCUAGUGUAUCUGUACAAACAGAUAAAAAAAAUUACUCUUCUACAACAGUUCAAACAGACGUAAAAAAUUAUUGUUCCUCGUACGUGCAAACAGACAAUAAGGAUUAUUCUUCAAAAGAAGCCCAAACGGAUGUGAAGAUUUAUUUUACUACAUCUGCUCAAACUGACACAAAAAAUUACUUUUCUACUUCCAUUCAAACGGAUGUCAAGGAGUAUUUGUCUAUACCGAUUCAAACGGAUGAAAAAAGUAAUUCAUCCAUCUCCAUCCAGACUGACAACGAUGACGAAGUUUCUUCAUUCACUCAGGAUGAGUUAAAAUCGCUACAAUCAACGUGGGUUCAGUUGUCUGACUCCAUACAAUCGGACUCAAAAAUUUUCAAGACUCUAUCACUAUUAAAUGAUAGCUGGAGCUUAGCAUUGAAAUCAUUUAAAGAAGUCUCUAAAAAUUAUGAAUCUCUGACGCAGCCAGAAUUGAAGGAACUUCUUACAGAAAAAGAUUCUAUUGAGAGUAACAUGAAAGAAAUUUACAGUCGAAAUCUUAAACUUUUAUCGAUGCAUCUCGCCUCCACCGUGCAGAUGGUUGCAACGUUGACGAAAGAUCUUAGCUUUGGAACGACUUCACUCUCCAAAGAGUAUGAUUCGGAUAUCACGAAAAACUUGACCAACGGAUUCUCAGAUGUUUUUACAAAUAUUGACUCGCCAGACAGUUCUAAAUUGAGUUUGCUGCAAAGAGAAAUAAAUGACGAAAUCUUCAAUGUUAGAGAAAAAAUAAACGAUUUUGAUUCUUCAGUUAAGUCUUACGAGGCAAAGUUGAGUUUAACACCUACGAAUAUUAAAGUUGAGAAGGAUAGUUUCAAGGACGAAGAACAUGAAAUCCCAACUAAACUGUCGAGCGAAGACAUCAGUAGAUCACCAGAGUUCCAACACUAUGUAAAAGAGCUCCACGAAAAGUACGAGACGAAGCUCGAAAAGAUGAAGGAGAAAAUGAAGUCUGCCUUCAACAAUCAGAUAACGAUCUUGAAAAAGGAGCAAGAAAUCGCCCUCAAGAACAAAGUGGACUCCCUUCAGUCAAAGUUCGAAUACCAAUGUCUCAGCCAUACAGAAGAAUUGAAGAAGUACAAGAAACACAUAGGCGAACUGACCACCCAGCUGUGGGACGUUGGUGAAAAGCUCAUCAUUGAGAAGCAAAAGAAGGAAGACUUCCACAAGAGGUUCAAAGACCUAAAAACCAAGUGCGAAAACAUCGAAAACCAACCCUUUGGUGGAACCACGGCAGUACCAACCAAGCCCAAGCCCGACAUGAACGUCUCACAGCUGUCCGACAUCACAUUCAGCAGCAAGAACAACAUCCAGCACGUCCGCGGCUUCCAGAUUAUGGGAAACGCUUUUAGUAACGAGGACGAGGAGGGCGAGGUUUUUGACACUACUUAUCUCACUGACAUGCAGAGGCCCCGGGAAAGCCUGUCGACAGUCGAUGUCAACCGGCUAUCGAUCUUGCAGCUGAGAAACUCCAAGUGCAAGCCGCACCUCAAGUCGUCCUACCCUACUGAAGUGCAGCACCUGCCGGCUACUCUGACCGAGGAUGACAUCAAGAGUGGAAAUCCGGAAGAGUUUCUGAACGACAGUUUGAGUCAGAGUUUGCUGACUGGUGAGAAGGUCAAGAGAAAGGUCAGGUCGAGGAACAAUUCAGAGACACCGAGACGAAGCCGCAGGUUCAGCAAUAUAUUCCGUAAGCCUAGAAUCUCCGUGGAUCACAAGUGACCAAGUUGCAGCUGAUGAAGAUGACAUUUCGAUGUACAGUGUAAAUUAGUUCACGCCUUUUUAUAUUCGAACCAUUUAGUUUGUACUUGUCGCCACACAUUUUUUUUUUG